AUGAAAAACUAUACAGUAACAACAUUCAUUCUGCUGGGACUGACAGAUGACCCUGAUAUGCAGGUCCUGAUUUUUGUCUUUCUAUUUCUCACCUACACACUGAGUGUGACUGGAAACCUGACCAUCCUCACACUCACCUUUGUGGAUCCGCACCUUAAAACAGCCAUGUACUUUUUUUUGCAAAAUUUCUCCUUCUUAGAGAUCUCAUUCACAACUGCUUGCAUUCCCAGGUACUUAUAUGACAUAGCAACAGGUGACAAGGUCAUUGCCUAUAAGGCUUGUGUCGUUCAAGUGUUUUUUACUGACCUCUUUGCAGUAACAGAAUUUUUUCUGCUGGCUGCUAUGUCCUAUGACCGCUAUGUGGCCAUUUGCAAACCAUUGCAUUAUGUGACCAUCAUGAGCAGCAGGGUCUGCAAGAGACUUGUUUUUUGCUGUUGGCUGGCUGGAUUGUUAGUCAUAACCUCCCCACUUAGUCUGGGGCUAAAUCUGAAAUUCUGUGACUCAAACGCCAUUGAUCAUUUUCUCUGUGACGCCUCUCCCCUAAUGAAGAUAUCAUGUUCAGACACAAGGUUCAUGGAACAAACUGUUUUACUUUGUGCUUUGCUGACCCUUAUUGUGACCCUUAUAUGUGUAGUUCUGUCCUAUGCUUAUAUUACCAAGACAAUUUUAGGAUUUCCUUCUGCCCAGCAAAGAAAAAAGGCCUUUUCCACCUGUUCUUCCCACAUGGUUGUGGUUUCCAUCACCUAUGGCACCUGCAUGUUCAUUUACAUGAAUCCUGCAUCCAAAGAGGAAGUGACUAUUAACAAAGUGGUUUCACUGCUCAUUUCUUCCAUUUCACCUACCCUAAAUCCAUUUAUUUAUACACUGAGAAAUAAGCAAGUGAAGAAAGCCUUCAAGGACUCAGUCAAAAGAAUUUUGUCAUUCUUAAAAAAUAAAAUAGCACUGAAUAAAAAGAGUUAA